AUGGCUGCUUGUGUAAAUGCAUACAGUACUGUGAGAAGUGACGAUGAGAAAAUAGUUGAUUCUGAUUCUAAAAAUGGAGAUAUACAUACAAAGACAUCUCUUUUUCAUGGACCUGGAUGGUACGUACCAUCUGAACGGCACUGGGUAAACUACGACAAUUACUCCGCACUUCCAAGAAUGACGAACAGAGAUGCUAUAGAUUUCCAGUCAGAAAAAGAAUUCGUCAACUUCCUGAAAAAGCGUGACAUACCAAAUUAUAAGAAGAUCACUGCUUACUUUCCCUCUCAUCCUCCUUCUAUCAAGUCGCAAAGGUUUUGCCAGAUACCCUCCUUUCAAGCAAGAUUUGGGAGCCUUAAUGAAACUAACCCAAGUACUAUUCGGAGAGGUGCAAAUUAUUAUGAAUACUACCAAGAGAUACUUGAUGAAAUGAAGACAUCUGAUCGUAGAAAGUUGUUAUCUCCAGACAUUAUUGGUAACUCUUAUAUAAAACGUAGAAUGUUAUGA